CAAAGUUUCACCGCUGAAUAAAAUCGAAAUUAUUUCAAUCAGUCUUGCUCUGGACAUAAUUUAAAAAAAUUAUUUAUAGUUCGAAAUGGAAGGAUCAUAUACGCCUGGCUUUUGUCCAGAAUGUGGAUCAAUAUUACCACUGCUACGGAUGACUGGAAACGUGACUUGCUACAGCUGUCACAAAAGCUAUAACGAAGCAGUGUUUGGUUCCAUGAAUAUGGAAUAUACCAUCCGUUUUAACUCUUACGAAAAUAAAAAGUCAAGCAAACAGGAUACAGCCGCCGACGAAGACGCGGACGGUCCGAUUGUGUCUCGGCGAUGUCCCAAUUGUGCUAACGGCCAGAUGUCCUAUGCGACGUUGCAACUGCGCUCGGCCGAUGAGGGGCAGACAGUUUUCUUCACGUGUACCAAAUGCAAAUUUAAGGAAUCCGAGAACUCCUAAUGUGCUGGCAUGUUUUUUGCGUGAUAUGUUUAUUUUUUAUAUAUUAAAAAAUAUAUGGC